UGAGUUUUAAUCUCGUUCCAAAAGGGUGAAUAAAGUGAGAAAGACAAUUUAUCGAUGUACAUAUAUGUAUCUAUAUUUACAUGCAUUGUCUUCGUUAAAUAAGAUGUCAACCGUAUCUCAUUACAAAGGUUAAAGUACAAACAAGUGGUGGAAGAGUCUGUAUCAGGUGGCUUACAUUCAACGCACACCACCACACACCCUCUCUCGCGCACGUACAUAUACAUAUAUAAACAAGCGGUCGGUCGCAACUGCAGUCGUUUAGAAAGCUUACUUUAAGAAUAAUUGGUUCUGUAGAAGGGGAAAGAAAAAAAAAGAAAAAGAAUUUGUUUAUAACCAUGUCGUCGUCCGAAGGUAGAACCGUUGUUAUUGGAAUGGAUGGUAGCGAAUAUUCGGAAUAUGCAUUCAACUGGUACAUGGAACAAGUCUACAGACAAAAUGACCAUAUCAUUUUGGUUUACUGCCCAGAGUUUCAGUCCAUUACACAUUCUCCCUAUGUUAUGGCUGAUGUGACUAUCUUGGUCGACAUGAUGAAAGAGGAAGAGAAACAAGUUAAAGCACAGUUAGAAAAAUUUGGUGAAAUGCUUAAAAAUGCAGGAGUUGGUGGCAAAGUGAAAAGCAUAAAUGGACGUCCUGGAGAAGUAAUUGUAAAUGUUGCUAAAGAAGACAAUGCUUCUCUAAUCGUCACUGGCACAAGAGGAAUGGGUACUAUAAGGCGUACUCUGGUUGGCAGUAUUAGUGACUAUGUUAUCCAUCAUUCCCCUGUUCCUGUAUUGGUUUGCAGAUCAAAAGAUCAUCAUGGCAAAGAGCACCAUGGGAAAGAACAUCAUUAGCACCUCGAUCCACCUGGAAAAUAAUUUAUAUGUACUAAUUAGAUUUUUCAUUAUAAACUAAUUAGAUUAUAUACAUAUACAUAUCUGGUGUAUAUAUAUAUAUAUAUUUAGGUAUGUGUUUGUGUAUGUAUGUGUAUACAUACAUACAUGUAUGCAUGUGUUUGUGUAUAUUAAUAUGUAUCUAUGUGUGUGUAUAUAUAUACAUAUGUAUGUAUGCAUGUACAUACUAAUUAGUUUUAGUGCCAGUUGCUGAUUAAAACAGCAAAAUUAAUGAUAUAAUGGAAUAAAAUUUUUGAUAUAUUGCUUA